AUGCCCUAUGACUUUCCACCUCCGCAGCCGCUCUACCCUCACGUGCCUUUUGCGGCAGAUCGAGGCUCUGAAGGCCCGUUCAGGAGACCGGUGCAUCAUGGAUAUCAAGAAUUUCAGACUAGACUGUUUCUGGACGAAUAUCGAUUUCCCGGUUCUCAACAGACCUACCAGCCGCCCCAUCUAGAGGCUGGUAUUCAAACUCCACUCGCGCACCCUUGGGAAGGAGAGAAUGCAUACGAACUGGAAGGGCCGCCAGUUGCUCAGAACAUUCAGCUCCGGGGAGACGCGCCGGAGUUUGUUCCAGGCUGGAAACCCUCAGUCACCGAGGAAUCUGAGUCAAAGCCCAAGGAGCCCUGCUGGCUUAUCCCUUACCAAUGCCUCUGCUUAUUUUACCUUCGAACCGUAUAUAUUAAGCAAAACCUGGCCCUUGAAUCUAUUCAGACACAGACUGAAGCUCAAGCUCCUCAAUUAAGAUCCACCGUGUGGGUCCUAAUCCUUCCUAGCAAACAUCACUGA